UGUACUUGCGUGUUGCUCAAGUCUGCAACUGCAGUGACUGCUGGGCUUGUCCCUCCCUGCAACGAGACCUGCCUGCUUGCCGUACUGCUUGUCGGCCGUACAGCCAUCGAUCGCAACCGCUUUGUGUGCCAUUUUCGCGGGAGCUUUUGACAAGACGUGUAACGUGAUACGGCUGUUCUCACGCUGCCAGUUCUAGUCGAACCUGAGAUCCCUCCUGACUCCUCUCGCUGAAGGCCCACGUCUUUGGAUAUUUCUUCGCAUUCUUCUUCUCAGAAAUGGCGGCAGAAUUUGCUAUGCGUUUCUCGUCCUGUCGUGCUACAGUGCCCGCGAUCGAUGGAGUUUCCACGAUCGCAAAGCCAGUCCGAAGCUGGGAGGGCGUGCAACGUCUUAGGCCAACUGCCGGUGUACACGUCAGCAGAGGACCAUUUCCGUCUAGGUUCCGUUUACGUGCCGCUCAGCGUUCGUUGCCCCUAUCAGAUUCAGACCCGCAUGGCACUUGCUGCCAAUUGGAGGAGGAACGAUCCUCGUUAUUGAGUGGCGGUCUAAGAGAAUCCUUCGCCACGCACGCUCGUGCCUCUUCCAUCCCAUCCGCCUCGUCUUCGCAUCGCGUUCCUCUAUAUCGCGUACGCGCACAUUCCAAUUCCGGCUCCGUAACGAGCGUAGAAACCUCCAAAUCGGCCCAAGCUGAAUCUGGCAGCGAAACGGCGGCAGGCGAGGAGCAGGUCUCGGCGAACGAAUCAAAACCAGCAGAAAGGGGAGAGGAGGGGCGAGAGAAAAAUGGGGAGGCAGAGGAGAAAGCGGAGAGCAAGGUGCAAGCGGAGGGCGGGGAGCGGGAAGACAAGGAGGCGGAGGAGGAGGAAGAGGACGAUCCCGAGGUGGAGGAGGGCUUUAAGAUGUCGCGCGUGUGCGACCGCCUGGUGGACGUUUUCUGGGUGGAGAAGCCCGAGCCCGCGCAGUGGCGGUUGUUGCUCGCGUUCAGCAGCGAGUGGGCGCGCAUUCGCCCGCACUUCUUCACGCGGGUCAAGCUGCGAGCGCAGGGGUUUGAAGAGCAGGAGAAGCCGGACAAAGCGGCGGAACUGUACCGACUAGCGCGGAGACUCAACGAGGUGGACGACUCAAUGGCGGCGCACAACGAGCUGUUCGUGUUGGUGGAGGAGCACGAGGCGGAGGGCGCGCUGGAGGGGCUGGUGGCGCGGCGGCGCAAGGACUUCACGGGGGAGUUCUUCGAGCACCUGCAGAUCCUCUGCCAGGCCGCCCAUGGCGAUCCACAGCGGCAAGACGAGAUCGCAUCUCUAGCCGCCAAGUGCGUGACAGCGGUGGACAUUCACGAUAAGGUGGAGUCGGACGAGGCAGAAGUGGAGGUGGCGCAAGCCAAGUUCGACGACAUCAUGGGCAGCGGCAGCCUGGCAGAGGCAUGCAGCAAGAUCGACCAGCUGGCGGCGCGGCAGCAGCUGGACUCCACUCUCAUGCUCAUGAUCACCAAGGCGUGGGCCGCUGCUAAGGAGUCGAAUAUGAUGAAGGACGAGGUGAAGGACAUCAUGUACCAUCUGUACAAGCAGGCGCAGAUCAACAUGCGCAUGCUGGUGCCCAAGGAGGUGCGCAUUCUGCGCCACGUACUCGCUGUAGAAGACCCCCGCCAGCAGCUUACAGAGCUCACCAAUGCGUUCUCGCCUGGAGGCGAACUGGAGGUGCAGAACGCUUCAGAGGACAUGCUCUACACAACACCGGAGAAGCUUCUGGAGGUGAUACAGCAGGUGCUGGAGGCGUAUUACGCGCAGCGCAGGCAGCAGAGCUCGCUGAUAGAUGAGGCGAAGAAACUCAUGAACCCGGCGGUGAUUGCGAGGAUGGAGGUGCUGAAAGACGUGAUUGUCGACCAGUUCAUGUAAACUUUGGAUCUGCGAUGGAGAUUUGUGCACUUACGAAGUGCCUGCAGUUGCAUGCUGUCAGCAAGAUCCAGCUGAGAUCCAGGGUCCUAGAGUGCAUGUGCUGCACUGCAUACACAUGUUCUCACAAUUGAGUACCUUACAUCCUGAAACCAGCAUUACCGGACAUGGCUUCAAGCCUGAGGAGGAACCAGCUUUGCCACUAAGGUUAAU